AUCGCUCUCUGACCGAGAGUCCAGCAAGCUGUUUGCCUGUCAGAAGAGUUCGUUCUGGAAAAGAUGGGAAGCGCCAUAUGCUAAUAGCCUAGAUCAAGUUACAUGCGCGCCCUCCCACCCACGCACCCUCCUGCCACACGAACUGUGCCAAAGUUAGAGAGUUACAAGAGAUUCCCCAGGGGCUCUCGGCUGUCCCAUCUUCAUCAUUGUUAGCUCAUUUUUUGCAUCGCCGCCACAGUUCUUGUAUCAGCCGGCUAUUUGCAAGCAGCCCGGAGCAACAGCAAAAGGUCAGAGCAAAUGUUUACAUUUGCCAGACGGGUUUGGAAGACCGAGGCCCGGGAGGGCGAGUUGGCAGAGGUGAUCAGCUGUCAGUGAAAUCGGACUCACCGGAGGCCAGAGGGCGGGCUAGCAGAGGUGAUCAACUAUCAGUGUAAUUGGACUCGCCGCAUCAGUAGCAUUGCCAGGACUGCUAGGCAGGUUUGAACAUAAGUGGUUUAGGUUUUCAGGCCUACUGUGCCCUGCCAGAAUUUUGCGAGGGUUUAGUGUGGCCAUUUCCAAUGGCUUGUGCUGCUCUGGGAGGCAGCUCUAUAAAUGCAAAGUCUUUUUUGCAUUUGAGCUUCUGGGAAGGGCUCUGUUGUCUUGUUAGGGCUGACCACCAUUGGCAGAUCCAAGCUGUCUACCCAAGGAUGGCCUAAGUGUUUAAGGGAGGGAGCUAGAGGGAGCUGCAGGUGAGUUAUGGGACAAGCCUCUUGCCCCUUGUCCCUGGCUUACCCUUGCUGGAGACAGUGACGAGAGAAACUUGGCCCUGCUGUCAGCUGGAUCCACGCCAAGCCAUUUGUUUAGCUUCCCGGCUGGGGGUGAGGCGACAGCAGAAAGUUCCCUAGAGCAGGGCGGAUAGGAUGGUGCCUGUGCGUGUCUUGCUUUGGGCUUGAAUAAUGGCUGGGGUACCUUCAAGGAGCCACAAAAAUCAGAGGACGGUGAAGUUCCUUCGGGGCCGGAAUAUCUAACGUUGUGGAGGCUGUCACGUCUCUGGACACAGAGCACCAAUACAUCAGGACAACAGAGCCGGAGGAACCAGAGAGAGAGCUGGCUUCUUGCAAAUAGGAUGGGUCCCAGCCGUGCUCCCUUCUGUGGCAGUGACGGUGUCCUUUUGGGGGCCCGUUUGCGCACGACAUUGGGCAUUUCCAGCUCCAGAGUCUAAUUUAGCCUUUCGGCCAUCAGCUACCCUCCUUGGCUUCGUGCGGAGCCUUGCGGGCGGUAGCUGUGGUGGUGGCAAUUGCCUGAGUUCUCUGCCUCUGAGGAACAGCAGCCGGGAUGUAAGUGGGGAUGCUCUCCUCCUGCUCCAAGCUACCCAACUCCCCAGGAGUUUCCCCAGCCUCCAAGACCGACAGCUCACCUGUUCUCUCCAAGAAAAUGAGCGUGAUCCCCAAUCUUCGUCUCCAGAGGAGGUUCACUGUGGCCCAUCCGCUUUGCUUUGAUGUCGAGAAUGGCUUCUCUCCAGGACGAAGUCCCCUUGGUUCCCAGGCCAAUCUGGGCCUGGGACUUGUUUUACAAGGCACAACACCCCACAGCCAACGUCGGGAGUCCUUCCUGUACCGAUCGGACAGCGACUAUGACCUCUCCCCGAAAGCCAUGUCCCGCAAUUCCUCUAUCAGCAGUGACAUGCAUGGAGAAGACUUGAUUGUUACUCCUUUUGCACAGGUCUUGGCCAGCCUGCGGACAGUUCGUAACAACUUUGCUGUCUUGACCCACCUCCGGGAACAUGUCUGCAACAAGCGAACAUCUGGUCCAGUCAAUCCCGUCUCUACCUCUAAGGUCAAUCUAUCAGAGGAUGCCUACCAAAAGUUGGCUGUCGAGACCUUGGAAGAGUUAGACUGGUGCCUGGAUCAGCUGGAGACUUUGCAAACACGUCAUUCAGUCAGUGAGAUGGCUUCCAACAAGUUUAGAAGAAUGCUCAAUCGGGAACUGACACACCUCUCGGAAACAAGCCGUUCUGGAAACCAGGUAUCCGAGUACAUCUCCAACACAUUCUUGGACAAGCAGCAUGAGGUGGAAAUCCCAACCUCUGUUCCCAAAGAAAAAGACAAGGAGAAAAAGAAGCGGCCAAUGUCACAGAUCAGUGGUGUGAAAAAACUGAUGCAUAGCUCCAGCUUCAGUUGUGCUGCCAUCCCUCGUUUUGGAGUAAAAACGGAUCAGGAAGGGCCAUUGGCUAAGGAACUAGAAGAUGUGAACAAAUGGGGCCUUGAUGUAUUCAAGAUUGCAGAGUAUUCUGGCCACCGCCCACUAACAGUCAUCAUGUACAGCAUCUUCCAGGAAAGGGAUUUGCUGAAAACUUUUCAGAUCCCUGCGGAUACCUUCAUCACAUUCAUGAUGACCCUGGAAGAUCAUUAUCAUGCUGAUGUUGCCUACCACAACAACAUUCAUGCAGCUGAUGUUGCCCAAUCCACACACGUAUUGCUUUCAAUGCCAGCUCUGGAGGCUGUUUUCACUGACCUGGAGAUUUUGGCUGCCAUUUUUGCAGCUGCCAUCCAUGAUGUUGACCAUCCUGGUGUUUCUAACCAGUUCCUGAUAAAUACCAAUUCAGAACUGGCACUAAUGUAUAAUGAUGCAUCAGUGUUGGAAAAUCAUCAUUUGGCAGUAGGAUUCAAACUUUUACAAGAGGAAAACUGUGAUAUUUUCCAGAAUCUCUCGAAGAAGCAACGACAAAUGCUCCGGAAAAUGGCCAUUGACAUGGUGCUGGCAACAGAUAUGUCAAAACAUAUGAAUCUUCUGGCUGAUCUGAAGACAAUGGUAGAGACCAAGAAAGUGACCAGCUUGGGAGUCCUGCUUUUGGAUAACUACUCAGAUCGCAUUCAGGUUUUGCAGAAUAUUGUACACUGUGCAGAUCUCAGCAACCCCACAAAACGACUGGAGCUCUAUCGCCAGUGGACAGACCGAAUCAUGAUAGAAUUCUUCCACCAAGGCGAUCGUGAGCGGGAGAAGGGCAUGGAGAUUAGUCCAAUGUGUGAUAAACACAAUGCCUCCAUAGAAAAGUCUCAGGUGGGAUUCAUUGAUUAUAUUGCUCAUCCGCUUUGGGAAACUUGGGCUGAUUUAGUUCAUCCUGAUGCUCAGGAGAUUCUGGAUACUUUAGAAGACAACCGAGAAUGGUAUCAGAGCAUGAUUCCUCAUAGUCCUUCACCUCCCCCAGACGCAUCAGGUUUAGAGAAAAAUGGAGGAGACAAAUUCAAGUUUCAGCUUACUUUAGAGGAGGAAGAUGGAGAAGAAUCAGAGAUUGAACCAGAGAUUGAGAGCCCUUUGGAAGAGGAUAAUAGUGAAUCCAAAACCUUGGGGACAACUGAUGAUUCAGAAUCUGCAAAUGAGCCAUUGCCUUCUCCAACAGACAAACUGGGCAGCCCCCACAGAAACGCCCUGAUCAAACAAAAGGGUGCAUUGAACUUUGACAACCAAAGAACACUUUCACAGACGGAUAGUGGUUCCAUAGCAGAUCCUGCUGAGUUAGCAAGAAGAGAGAGCCUGACUGAUGUACAAUCAUGUCUUGACAUGGAAGGAAAUAUCACCUUUUUGCCUCUUGGGACGUAGUGAAGGGAAGGCCCGAUGAUGAUUACAUUCUGGCAGGGCCAGAAGGGGAUCACCCCAAAUCUUGCUGCCAGCAACCUAUGAUUUCACUCCCCAUUGUAAGGGAGUGUUACUAUUAACAUUUUCUUCCCCAAAGAAAUCUGUAGCUUGAACCACAUUAUUUGCCCAGGUGGCGAAAUAUCAGAGAUCAGACUAUGACUGUCAUGUCUUCCUUCCAGUGUUGCUACUCAGCAUCUGAGUUGUACCUGGCAAAUGGAAAAAUUCUUCCUGCUGGACUUCUCACUAUCACUAAUUUCUUAUUUUGGUUUCAACUUGGAAAUAGUCUGUAUCUUGUUUUAAGAAAGCCCAGGUGGAAAUACAGCUUUUAGUUCAGUGUAAGAACAAAUGUUUUGCCUGAAGAUGGACACAGGUUCAGUCUCUGACAUCUUUAGUCUUCUUUUUUAGAGGUUCUAGGCUGUGGGGGGGGGGGGUUCUGACUGUGAUCCUGGAUAACAUUUUCAAGUUAGAGCAGACAGUACUGGGUUGGUUAGACAAAUGGUCAGACUUUUUGUAGUCCUACACUUUCCAAGUAUGCAAAUUUUAUUUGAGGAAAGGUUCUGUAUGAUCCUGCUGAAAAUCAGGAUAAUAUAGUGGGCUUGAUGGACCAAUGAUUUGACCCAGCAAAAAGGGAAUCUUAAAAUGACAUGCUAUUGCAGAAAAAGGGGAAUUGUGCAGAUAAAUAUUAUGUAUGUCUCAAGUGUAACAAAACCAGCAUCCUGGGAAGUUUCACAUAAAAUAUUCAAGUAGGAGGCAGUCUCUGUAAAUUUUAAAUAGUUCUAUCUAGUGUGAUAGGAUGCUAUCAAGAGAUACAAAAUUCAUCCUGCUGGAUGCAUUUGGCAUCAAAUUUCUGAUACUCAAAACAAGAAGGCCUUCCUUCAGACUGCAUGUUGCCUCAAUCUGGUAGCUGCAUUGAAAAUCACCUCCUUUAUAUUAAUCUUUUAGAUACCUUUUCUCCCACAUGAAAAGAUUUAUAGAAAGUGAUAACCCAAUUUCUCCAAUAUUCAGAAGCCCUAUAGAGAAGGGACUACAGAUUUUGUUUUACUUUUCCAGUAAGGGGGAAACCCUAUUGUUUUAAAUUAUUUUUUAUUUUGUGACAUGUAUUUCUCCAUAGCAGCUGUAAAGAGUAAAUAAUUCAUGUGUUCUUUAAAAAAAAGAGGAAAGUAUUUUGAUGCAGAAAUAGGUAGUCAGUAUUUUUAAAAAUAUUUAAUUAAUCUUCCCAGCAAUUUCUAAUAUAAGACUACUAUAGUAACUGGCAGAACUGCUUGCUAUACAAGGGUAAUUGGAAGUCUUGCUAAUUUUCAAAUUAAUGGUGGGGGGGACUUCAAUUUGAUAAUUUGUCUCUUCUGACAUUUUAAUCAUUUGACUUUUUCCUGUGAAAUCAAUGUCCCACUUUGUUACAGCUUUGGGUGUGUGUGGCUUCUUUGCCCCUUUCUCCUAAAAGAAAUGGGAGAAGCUAUCCCAAGUGAUGUGUUCAUAUUAGACUACUCAUAAAAAUUUUGUGUGAUAUGUACACUAUUUAUUUUGAAUCUUUUGAUCAUUAACAUUUCGUUGAAGAAAAAAACCUAUUAUUUUUAAAGGGCAUUUUAACUUUUUUUUCUAAAUACAAACAUAGAAUCAUUGUUUUUUUUUUUAAUAAGCUGGUUUUCUGACAUUAGGGGAGAAGCAAUUUAUGUCGAAUUGUGAAAAAAAUGUGGAUUUACACAUUUCCCCCCUAUUUUCAGUAUUCAAAGAAAUCUAUUAUUUUGGUUUUUCUGGGUUACCUGGAUCUUCACUCCAUGUAUUUUGCAGUUCACAAAAAAAGAUUGUUACCACACUGAAGUUGUUCAAAUCAAGUUAGAGAGCCACUCUGUCCCUCUUAUUCUCUGUAUGCAUUAAAGGGUCUGUCCUAUUCCAGAGAACACAACUAGAUAGCACUCUAUCCAUUGAUUUUUCCCCUAGAAGGCUUAAUCUGCUGAUUUGAAGAGAUAGAUUCAUUUUGUGUUUUUACAGUACUGUUUUGGGUAAAUAAUGCAGUUCUAUGGAGUUUCAAAAAGAGACAGGGUUGGUUGAAACUGGGGAAUCAUUAGCCAAUGCAAGUAGCAGAUGAAACUUAUGAAUAGACAAAUGAGAUUUAAAGGUUCAUUUGUAAAAUUUUGGUGAGGCCAGAUUAUGAUUUAAGGAGCUUAAACUGCUAAAUGAUUAUAAAGCUAGGGUGGUACCUCCAUCUACUAUAUUUAUGUAUUAGAAAUCCAGGGAGGGUGCAAACGAGGAUGAUUCUAUGCACCAAAAUGAUAUUGUGUCUCAUAAUUUUUUUCCAUAUACUGUACCUCUUAUGAAAGGCCGGUUAUGCAUUACUACUGGGAAGGCUACCACUUUUAAUUUAUUUUCAGCAAGUAUUUUUUGUUCUUUUUUUAAAAAAAAAACUUUUGUAGCUUUAUGCUUAAUGAUAUUUUGAUGUGUAAUAACCUCACCAAUGGUUGGUUCAGGCAAAUUUUAUUGAUAGCAAUUGGUUUAACUGUGAUUUGCACUCAAAAAUGCUGCAUUAUAUGUGUGCAAAUGUAUAUAUGUAUAUGUUGAAUGUUUGUUUGUAUACACAUGUAUUUCACAAUGCACUUUGAGUUUGCUGAGCUGCCACUUGGGCCUGGCCCUACAGAUUGAGUUACUGUUUCUUUGUGAAAUAAGUAUUGUCGUAACCACAGAGAACAUAUUGACAUUUUUAUCUGAUUGUCUGGUUUUCCUUACAACAUUAAGUGUUUUCUGGCAACACCUUUUCUUUACAUUGUAUUUAAGUGUUAAAAUGAAAUGAUUGGCUUUUAAAAUUGUACUAUAAAUCUCCAGAGCUUGAAAAAAAAUUUCAGUUCUAAAGAAAUCACAGUAACGGAGCAUUUGUUAGUAGGAAUGAUAACUACAGGAGAGGAGAGAUACUGCCACAGGAGUUUAGAAUGUGGAAAUUGUGGAUGGAGACGUGAAUGGAGUUAAUCCAAGAUAGAAAGGUAAAUCUGAGCAAAGAAAUUAGAGGAGACAGGGAGGGGGAGGGAGGGAGAGAGAGAUUAUAUAGUGAUGCUUGAUCAGAGUUUAGGCAAAAAAAGCAAAAAGAUAUGAUAAGAACUGUCAGGACUUAGCCCAACUGAUUCAGGAAAAUUAGGAUCAUUUAGAACUGCAAAGGACAUAAUACUCUCUUCUUUGCAAACAACAUUUUCUAACAUCAUAAGGAAUUAUUUUGAAAGGGUAGGGGAUUGAGUGUUAUAGCAUGUAAACUUUCACAGUUACUGAUGCAAAAAUGAGUGAAGCUCUGGAAAAACAAUAAUGAUUGUUUAUUUCCCACAAGCCAGGUCCUUUUUUCCUCCUAGCAAAUCCAUCACUGACAAGCCUAACUCCCAAAUAAUGUAAAUAUUUAAUCCCAAAGCAUAAAGCUUAUCUCUCAUCUGUGCUUGCCUGUCUCUUGUAUGUCCCUCGGUGCUCUUGAUUUAUACACGCACAUCGUACAUGCACAUCUGCCUAGUUUCACAAAAUACUCUUGCCUUCUUGAGGGCUUAUUAUGACAGUGAUCCACCAACUACAUUUCCCUCCAGGUCCUAUUUGUUUCCUUCACAGAUUACAUGGUGGAAUUAUAAAGGAGUACUGUAUAAUCAAAUGGCCAAGCAAGACUCAAAUCAAAAUUUUGAUAUUGGAUUUUGGAAGAUAUUGUAAAUAAGAUUUAGCAAAGCCCACAGUACACAAACACACCAUGAGGUUAGAUGGGGAUGAUACAUUUGCCUUUAUUAAGACCUACAGAUGCACUCAAAACUCUACAAAACAUUUUCUGCCAUAUUUUUUCCUUAAGCAGAUCAUAUGUAGGUGAAAGAAACGGAAAUAAUGUAAAAGAACAGAGUCAUAGCAGUGGAUCAGUGAAUAGUGAUUAUUCAAUUUUGGAAUGCAUUUGAGCUUCCAGAGGGUCUUUCAGCAUAUAACAAGGUGGAUCUCUUCCUUAUUAAAUAUAGGAUUCCUAUAUUUUGCCAACACUGCAAUCUGUGUGCCCCAUAACUAACUUGGGAACUAUACAAGUAUGUUUGAGGUGUUCCCACUCUUUCUUUUUUUAAAAGUGUUAUCAGUCUCAAAAAAAUUCACUUUAGCAACAUUCAGAAGUUUUAAAAUGGUGUUAUGUUGCCAUCUAAUGGUCACACACAGUCUUUGGGCAUGCAUUCACAUAUAUCACUCCAAAGUCUUCUAUUAUAAAUAAGUUUACAAGUAAAUUUGUAGUCAACUGCAGUUGACAUUCUAUAUUCUUAGGAGAUACUGCAUGUAUCUCUCGCUAUGAUCUAACCAUCCCACUGUGGUUAGGAAUAAUUUGGUUUUCUUAUAGAUGGCGAUUUAUGAGGCAGAUGAGCUAAACCUAUUAAAGCUCAGGACAUAAUUACAGGAUUUUGCAGAGUAAUGAAAGUCCUAGCAAGAUAACACUUCAAAGUUUUCUAAUGAUAUUCCUCAUAACAAAACAUAAACAUGAUAGAAGGGAAAUUUUGAUCCUAGUCUUCUGUAUCUAGAUGCUUAAAACAUUUUUCGUAAGUUACUUAAUGGAAAGAUUGUCAGUUACAAUAUUUUACUGAAGAAGCACUACAGAUACCAUACAACAUGGAUGGGUUGGGCUGGGUUUUGUUAGGAGCCUUGGGGUGCAGCGAUUAGUAUUGUAGGUUAACUCUGCCCACAGUCUAGAGUUCGAUCCUGACAGGGUUCAAGGUUGACUCAGCCCUCCAUCCUUCCAAAGUCAGUAAAAUGGGGACCCAGAUUGUUGGGGGCAAUAUGCUGACAUUGUAAACUGUCCAUGGAGUGCUGUAAAGCACUAUGGAGUGGUAUAUGUGUCUAAGUGCUAUUUAUAUUGGUUUGCUUUUUCUCACUUUCCUGACCAUGAUUGUCUUGGCCCAUUUUCACAGAAAAACCUGCUAGCAUUUUCAAAUACUUUUCUCAUACUAUAUGCAUUUUAUACACAUUUGUUACUGUAAGCAUGUUAGUAAAUAAUUUAGUAAAUAAAAUACAUCUGUCUAUACUUUUUUCA